UUUCCCUCUGCCUCGCUGCCACACGGACGUGCUGGAACUCCUUCUCUCUCUCUCUCUCUCUCUCUCUCUCUCUCUCUCUCUCUCCUGUGAAUCUCGGGUGUGAUCUCGGGACGCUCUGUAACUCUCUCUGUUUGAUCUCUCUUUCAUUUUUCUGUAAUACGGCGACGUCUUCCCGCCAUCAUCGUCAAUCAUCGACGUCCUCUCUGUUCUCUGUCUCUCUCUGUAGAGGCCAGGACUACCCACGUCUCUUCCUCUGUUCGACUGCUCUCUCUCUUUCUGAGAGACCGUACUUGGCUGAGCAUCCGCGGCUUGUUCUUUCUUGUGGAUGCUAUUGCUGGCCAUCACUAACUAACAACCAGCACCGCAUCACCUUCAUUGCCGUCUCUCUCUCUCUCUCCCUCUCUAUCUCAACGACUUGCGUUUACAUUGUAAAAGUCUCACAAAAAUUCUUAAUCUUUUGCUCCGCAAAUAUUGCGAGUUCUUCUCGUUCCUCUCAGUUGACUCUCGACUUCCUGUUCGAAUUUUUUGUUCUCUCUCUUCACCUCUUCGUUUUCCCAUUCAAAUCCUUUCUUCUCUUCAAGCGUGUUUCUUUCACAAUCUCGUGUCUCUCUUUGUCAAGAAUUCUCUUGACUCUAGAUUUUUCACUCAAGGUUUAGUCUUGACUCUUUUGUGACGAAAGGAUCCUUUUUUCAUUCAUCUGUAAUGCUCCUUUCUACCCGAGAGAGUAUUUCGUAAGUAUCUGUUGUUACACUCGAAAAAUCACCUAUUUAUUGCAUUUUUCGCAUUGUUGGUGCCACUACUAUCAUCAAAUUUUUUCUCCCUUUGAUUUCGGGGUAUUUCUUGGCGCUUCAUUUUUUGUCAAGGCCGUUCCGCCUUCGUUUCUUUCUUCUUUUCCUUUGGGAAAAUAGUUUUCUUCUUUCCAUGGGACCCCUGCAAUCUCACAUUCCCCUCAUGCCAACAUGCCGACUUGCUUUCCUGCUGUUUCUUCUGAGCUUCCCAUCAGUUUUUGCUUCGUCCCUGCCCCUCAGUUGUUCUGAUACUUCCCGGGUUUGCACCUCCUUCAUGGCCUACAAGGCCGGGUCCUAUCAGACCUUCUCUGAGAUUCAGAGCAUGUUCGAUGUCCUGCCGCCUCAGGUGACUAUGGAGCCAAGCUUGGAGCUGGACGGGCACCGUUACCUCUUCAUCAAGAAGAACUGCUCCUGUUUCCCGCCGGUGAAGCGUUACCUGAGCAACACAACUUUCACAGUGAGGGAGAAUGAUGGGCAAGUUGCAGAAAUGGUUGCUCGCGCCUAUCAGGGACUUGCCAUCCCGCCCAAUUCGACGAGGACGGUGCACACUGGUGCUGUGGUCUCCCUGCGUUUGCUUUGUGGGUGUUCUAGCAGCCUGUGGAACUAUCUUCUGACUUAUGUCCUGCAAGAAGGGGACACGGUGGCAUCAUUAGCCAGUAGAUUCGGCGUGAGCAUGGCAGAUAUUGAGAGCCUCAAUGGCAUUGGCGAUCCGAGCCUCAUGUCCGUUGGGAAGGCUUAUUACAUGCCAUUAAAUUCGGUUCCUGGUGUACCUUACUCCCCACCUGUUGCAACUUCACCCGCUCAUCCACCAGUAGCUCUCAACCCAUCAGAUGUUCAAGUUCAUCACUCUGAUCAUUUUCCAAUAGGAUGGACGUUGGCCGGCAUAGGACUUGGGCUGGUCCUAAUAUUAGCUAUUCUAUUGUGCAUCUGGUGUAAAAUGUAUUUCUGCUGCUCCCAGGUCCAACUGGGGCAUGAGAAGAACCCUGACAAGAAAAGUUAUAAGUUUCACAUUCUUCAAGGAUCAAAUUUCUGCUAUCCAUCUGGAAGGUAUAUAUGCUGCAAGUCUGGGAAGCCAAAUACUGAAUUUGCCAUCAGUAACCAGAUUAAUAUUCCCAAAGAUAUGGCUGGUGUAUUUCAUGCGGACAAGCCAGUAAUCUUUACCUAUGAAGAGAUUCUCUCCUCAACAGAAGGUUUCUCUGACUCGAAUCUCUUGGGACAUGGUACAUAUGGUUCAGUGUACUAUGCAAUGCUUCGUGAUCAGGAGGUUGCUAUCAAAAGAAUGACAGCUACAAAAACUAAGGAGUUUAUGGCCGAGAUCAAGGUUCUGUGCAAGGUUCACCAUACAAACUUGGUAGAAUUAAUUGGUUAUGCAGCAAGUGAAGACGAACUUUUCCUUGUUUAUGAGUAUGCACAUAAGAGUUCUCUUGCAAGCCAUCUACAUGAUCCUCAAAGUAAGGGACAUACAUCUCUUUCUUGGAUUUCUCGAGUUCAAAUUGCCCUUGAUGCUGGAAGAGGGCUAGAGUACAUACAUGAGCAUACCAAAGCCCAUUAUGUGCAUCGUGACAUCAAAAGUAGCAAUAUUCUGCUUGAUAAUGCCCUUAGAGCCAAGAUCUCCGACUUUGGACUAGCAAAACUUGUUGGGAAAACCAGUGAUGGAGAAGCUUCUACUACAAGGGUCGUUGGUACUUUCGGCUAUUUGGCUCCAGAAUACUUGAACGAUGGCCAAGCAUCAACAAAGAGUGAUGUUUAUGCAUUUGGCGUUGUGCUUUUCGAGCUAAUUUCCGGGAGAGAGGCAAUAACAAGGACAGAUGGCAGAGUGAAUGUUGGCAUUGAAAGACGAUCACUUGCAUCAAUUAUGCUAGCUGCACUUCAGAACUGUCCUAACGCAAUGGGCAUGACAAGCUUGAAAGGUUGCAUCGACUCCAGCCUCAUGGAUUUGUAUCCUCAUGAUUGUGUGUACAAGAUGGCUAUGUUGGCAAAGCAGUGUGUCGAUGCCGAACCAAUUCUACGGCCAGAUAUGAAGCAAGUGGUGAUCGCACUUUCACAGAUCCUCUUGUCCUCGAUAGAAUGGGAAGCGACAUUAGCUGGCAACAGCCAAGUUUUCAGCGGCCUUGUGCAAGGCAGAUGAUACUUCCUAAUCAGUUUCUUCCGUUUCUAACUCUCUUUUUCCAAUCCUAUUUUUUCCUUUUUAUUCUGUCUUUCUAAUGCCUUGAUGGGGAUGCCCUUCUCUUGCCAUCUUCUUCUUCCUCGCACCUUUGGUGAUCGGAAAAGUGUAGGGGCACGUCUCCAAAGGCCACCACGUUAGUAUCAGCUGUCAUUCCACUUCAAAGCUGCUUUCUGAUGUGCAGCCACUAACAGCAUUGGAGUGUAUAUGACAGAUUAUUUUGUAAUUCUUAAGAUGAUAGAUUCCUUGUCAA